AUCAAUACACCGAAAUGGAAGCAAAUCUAAAGAAAAUGCAGUGAAUUUUAUCAAGGUUUUUUGCGGUUGGCCUCGUUCCAUUCUAAACUGAGCUUAUCAUCUAUUAGUAUGUGCAAACAAUUAAUUAAGAACUGUGCUGUGAAUACAUUAGGAUGCUGCAAAACAGCUGAACUUUGCCAUCACUAAACUGAUAUCGAAAUUAAAAACAAAAGAAAUUAAUUGCAGUAGGCAAUGAAGUACGUGUAAUUUGAUCAGAUCCAUUCAGCUACAUCUUCUAAACGGAUACGAGCACAUUAAAACUACAAACAAUUAAGAAGAAGGAAAUAAAAUUAAAAAAAAUAAAUAAAAUUUCAAAAAAUCCCUAAAAAAAAAUUAAAAUUGAACAUGAAGGAAAAACAGCAACAUUUCGAAGAUGUACCGACAGUGCGGAUACUCUUAAUGGGCAACAAGGGUGUAGGUAAGACCAGCCUAACGAAUCUAUUGGCAAGCAGUGUGAAUACACCGACCCCUGAAUCACGUACAGUUGGCGAGAAUAGAUAUUGGAAUAUUCAAGUUCGCCUCCACGAGUAUCCAAACUUUGAGGGUAUGCCACCAUCGCCCAAUUGGACUUCGUCAUCGUCGUCGUCAUCACCAUCUUUAUCAUGGACUGAAUCAAAUAAUCAAUAUCCAUCAUUUCCACGUAGUCCACAGCCGAUAAGCGAAAUCUUAUAUUUUGUGGAAUUCUAUGAUCUAAAUACAUCAUUCAAAAUGUCGCGUGAGAAUCGCCAACGUCUAUAUCGUAAUAUUGAUGGCAUUAUAUUAGUAUAUGAUUGCUCAGAUAUGCUUUCGCACGAUUCAUUGCACGAUUGGCUUUAUGAACCAUUGCGUCAAAUUGCAAAAAACAGAAACUGUCGCAAUGUGCAGGAUGUUCCUAUCAUGGUUGUAGGCACCAAAGUGGAUUCGAUGAAAACGCGUAGAUUACGUCGUAGUGGUAGCAUUGCCAAUCAGUUGGAUGCCGAAGAAAUGCUGGUCAAUUGUCUUGAUGAGGAUACAUUUAUGGACAAGACACGCAAUGGCGGUAAAUUGAGAAAUUUUUUGAACAAAGUGGUUGAAUUCAAAGAGCGUUUUCCACGCAGUUACACUCGUUGAAUAACCUCAUUUCCAUUAAUCUACUUCAAAAAACAUUUAUAUUUAUAUU